AUUCCACCUGGUUUUCUCCAAAUUGAUCACUGAAAUCCCGCCUGGAGAUGCAGUUCCUCCGCGUGGGUGGCCGCAUGGCGGCCCUGCGCCAGCGAUUGACCGACCGCAUCCAGCUGCCGGAGCGCUUCAAGGGCACGCUGGUGGAGAAGUGGGUGAAGUACUGGAACGGCCUGGUGCGCGACUACUCGGAGGUGGCGGUGGGCGUGGUGCGGGAGUCGUACACGAAGCCCAAGAAGGCGCUGCUCUACGGCACCGGCAUGCUCUUCCUCUACCACGCCGGCCUCAAUAAUCCCGACGAGGAGGCCUUCAUGACCCUGCUGCGCGGAGCCACCAAUCGGAUGAUCACGGUGCCGCCGGAACUGCAGAAUCCCGUGUCCGCCGACUACCUGCUCACCCUGGAGAGGGCCAUCAACCAGAAGAAGCUGCGCCUCCUCUCGCUGGGCAUCUGCACGGUGCUCUGGGUGGACAUCUACGACGAGGACGACUGCACCUAUCCGGCCAUCUGCGAGUACACGACGGUGGGUCUGCUCAACUUCCACGAGCGGAUCAUCGACGUGGGCUUCUGGAAUCAGUACUGGCGUCUCAAGUGGAAGAUGCGCAACUACGAUGUCAACUACCUGUGAUCGCCGCCCUUUCUCCCUAUUAACUUGUUGAAAUCCCUCGAGGAAAUACCAAUAUAUGUAUGUUUUUAGUACAG